GAAUAGCGCCGGCGGCGGAGCGGGCGGCGCUAUCGUGCGCAUGCGCGCUGCCGCCUCAUCUCGGCCGCCUGGUGGGGGCUGGCGGCGGGGACCCGUUAGCGCGGCAGGAAGCGCCCGGUCCCGCCGCCGCGCACCAUGUCGAAGCGCCUGAGAAGCAGCGAGGUCUGCGCCGACUGCAGCGCCCAGGAUCCUUGCUGGGCAUCUAUAAACAGGGGGAUUCUGAUCUGUGAUGAGUGCUGUAGUGUUCAUCGAAGUUUGGGGCGUCAUAUCUCUCAAGUGAGACAUCUCAAGCAUACGCCAUGGCCUCCCACACUGCUGCAGAUGGUUGAAACACUGUACAAUAAUGGUGCUAACUCCAUAUGGGAACAUUCGUUGCUGGACCCUGCCUCUGUUAUGAGUGGAAGACGCAAAGCUAGCCCACAGGAUAAAGUGCAUCCCAAUAAAGCAGAAUUCAUUAGAGCUAAAUAUCAAAUGUUAGCAUUUGUUCAUCGCUUGCCAUGCCGAGAAGAUGACAGCGUUACUGCCAAAGAUCUUAGUAAGCAACUCCAUUCCAGCGUAAGGACUGGGAAUCUGGAAACGUGUUUGCGAUUACUCUCCUUAGGAGCUCAAGCCAACUUCUUUCAUCCUGAGAAAGGAAACACCCCGCUCCAUGUUGCUGCUAAGGCAGGACAGACUUUACAAGCAGAAUUAUUAGCGGUUUAUGGUGCUGAUCCUGGCACGCAAGAUUCCAAUGGAAAAACUCCAAUUGACUAUGCAAGACAAGGUGGGCAUCAUGAACUGGCAGAACGCCUGGUGGAAAUUCAGUAUGAACUCACAGACAGGUUAGCUUUCUAUCUCUGUGGCAGGAAACCAGAGCAUAAGAAUGGGCAGCACUUUGUUAUACCUCAGAUGGCAGACAGCAGUCUAGAUUUAUCAGAACUUGCAAAAGCAGCUAAGAAGAAGCUUCAGUCUCUAAGCAACCACUUAUUUGAAGAACUUGCCAUGGAUGUGUAUGAUGAAGUUGACAGGAGGGAAACAGAUGCAGUUUGGCUUGCUACUCAGAAUCAUAGUACACUUGUGACAGAGACCACAGUGGUCCCUUUUCUUCCUGUAAAUCCUGAAUAUUCCUCUACCAGGAAUCAGGGAAGACAGAAACUGGCUCGAUUUAAUGCCCAUGAAUUUGCUACGCUAGUUAUAGAUAUUCUAAGUGAUGCCAAACGAAGACAACAGGGGAAUCCUAUCACUGGUUCAAAAGAAAAUGUGGAACUGAUACUCAAAUCAAUCAGCAAUCAACAUAGUAGUGAAAGUCAGGAUAAUGACCAGCCUGAUUAUGACAGCGUUGCUUCAGAUGAAGAUACAGAUCUGGAAACAAAUGCAGCUAAAUCAAACAGACAGAAGAGCCUGGAUUCAGACUUGUCAGAUGGACCAGUGACAGCCCAAGAAUAUAUGCAAGUUAAAAAUGCAUUGGUGGCUUCUGAGGUAAAGAUUCAGCAGUUAAUGAAAGUGAACAUCAACUUGAGCGAUGAGCUGAGAAUCAUGCAGAAAAAGCUUCAAACGCUACAGAGUGAAAAUACCAACCUCAGAAGACAGGCCACAACCAAUAUAUAUCAGGUCCAAACUGGUUCUGAGUACACAGACCCUACCAACAAUUCUUCUUUAAAGCGACGACCAUCUGCACGGGGUAGCAGACCCAUGUCCAUGUAUGAGACUGGAUCAGGUCAGAAACCCUACCUCCCCAUGGGAGAGGUCACAUACCCAGAAGAAAGCAUAACAAGACUGCAGCCUUUCCCUCCACAUAUCGGGAGGAGUGCGUUUGUGACCUCCUCUUCAUCUCUACCUUCCUUCCCCUCCACGCUUUCCUGGUCAAGGGAUGAAAGCACACGAAGGACUUCAAAGCUGGAGAAGCAGAGCAGCGUGUCUGAGAGUGACUAUGAUAACCCCACCGCCCCCCUGGAGCUGGAGGAAACGGGGACGGGCAGGAAGGGCCGGCAGAGGAGCGUCAUUUGGCAGGGGGAGGGAUCCAUCCCCGAAGACGCCGACACAGCCCCCAGCUCCAGUUUGCCCAGUACAGAAGAUGUGAUUCGGAAAACUGAGCAGAUCACUAAGAACAUCCAGGAGCUGCUGCGAGCAGCGCAAGAGAACAAGCAUGACAGCUAUAUACCAUGCUCCGAGAGAAUACAUGUGGCAGUAACGGAAAUGGCAGCUUUGUUCCCAAAAAAACCCAAAUCUGAACUGGUAAGGACUUCUUUGCGUCUGCUGACAUCUAGUGCCUACAGACUCCAGUCCGAGUGCAAAAAAACCCUUCCGGUGGAGACGUGCCCUACGACAGACAUCCAGCUGGUCACGCAGCAAGUUAUCCAGUGCGCCUACGACAUCGCCAAGGCUGCUAAACAGCUGGUUACCAUCACAACCAAAGAGAACAACAACUGAGUCACACUUGGCUUUUUAGGCUUGUUUUUUAAAGGUUGGAUUUCAAAUAUAGGUGUGGAACUAUUCAAAUUUUUAUGAGAAAAACUAAAGGGGCAAGAAACUUUUUUUUAAAACUCAGUAUUAUUUUUGCAUGUUUUCUAACAAUUUUAUGAUUAAUUUAACCCACUGCCUUAUUUUGUGCCUGUGUUGCCAGUUUAGUUACAGAUAAUAGCAUGUUGCAAAUAGCUGUUGAGCCAAUAUCACGUACCAGCGUUAUAUCAAGCUCUUGCUAGAUGUUUCCUUGGGGCCACGUUCUGCUUUCAGAUACUGCUUGCAAACCUCCCGCUGACAUCAGCUGCUCCUAUCGGAGGGCAGAAUCUGGCCUCUGCUCCGUCCAUCCCAGAGCCGUGUGUGCCGUGAUGUUGCUGACUGAGAAACCUGCAGCGACGCAGGCUCUGACGGCUCCAGGACCGUAACUGCCACCCAGCAGGAAGAAGGCUGUAGUCCCGAUAACGGAGUACAAGCCGAACAUUAUCUGUUCCCAUGUUGACUGUUGUGCAAUAAUAUGUUUUUAGUCUGCUAAAACAAUAGUAGUUGUGGGCAUCCGAGCUUAUUACAUGUAACUAUACAAGGUCUUUGUCACUUUAUCUGUUUUGGAAGGAAUUUGAAAUGUAAUAGUUAUUUCUUUUAGUUGUCACUAUGCCAUUAAUAUAUAUGUUUGAAGUUAUUUUAGGGCAUUAGUGGUUAAAAUAUUAUCCUUUGUUUCUGAUUUAAUAAUUCAUUCUUAAGUUUUCUACAGAAUUUUACUGUCAUCUCCAAGGCACUAUCUUGUUUGCAGCAGCAUUGCUCAGUAACUUGAUGCAAUUUCACUAAAGAUUUCUGUGGUAAUUAAAAAAAAAAACAAAACAAAAAAAGGAAGUUAGAAGAGUGCCAGUGCAAAAGCAGCUGUGUCUGCCAUAGCAUAUAACCUCUGUACCUCAACAUAUCCAAAUGUGAAAAGAUUGCUUACUUCUAGUUUUAUGCAAAUCUUUCAAAAUUUUACAAGCUACGUGUGGAGUAACCCACGCUAGGCUGCCUGUCAGAAAGGUAGGUGGGUGACAAAUGUCAGUGUGUGUUUCAGGUUUUGCCAUUCACAACAGUUCACAAAACUUCCAAAACUGUGUCAGUCCAUGAUUUCAAAAACUAGAGUGUUUUGGGAGUCUAAAUUCCAUGGGGGGGGAAUCACCAGUUUUUGCCUCUGCGUGUGUCCCUUUUGGAAGCGCGUUGUCAUUUCCAAGGAGCCGGCCGUGGCAGUUCAGCUGAUGUGAACAUUUAGAGUUUUCAGAGAACCAGCGCUCUGCUGUUCCACAAACAGGUCUGCAGCGUGCUGCCUGCCAAAACCACACACCCUUCAAGGCUUUCUGGUGAAAAACAGCCAUGUUCAGGAGAACGAGCAAACUACAGUUCAGUGGUUGGUUCCUGUUCAAAUCAUAGUGUGUCUGUAUGUAUAAAUAAGCACUAAGUGCCAGAACACUGUCAGAUUCUUGUGUGUUGUAAUUACCUCCCUUUUUAAAGUAGUGCAAGUUUGAGGGAAGGAAGGGAGAGAGAGGACAAUCCUGUAAUGUUCAUCAUUGUGGGGUUUUUAUUUCUUUUCUGCACUUCUGAAUUCCAGAACUGUCUCUAAACUCAUGGGAAUGUAGACAGGCUGGGAUUAGAACUGCAAAAGACAUUUCUAAAUUUCAGAAUUAUGCUACUGGCAAUUAAAUACAUCAAUAAUCUUCUAGGAACUUUUUCUUAAAUUGGCAUCACUGAAAGGCAGCGGACGGUAUUUUUUAAUCUCAGGACACCAUUGUAUGCUUUCUUUAACAUAUCUUGCCCAGGUAAUACUGAGUUAUGUUGUAACUUACCAGUUGUUUAAACUUGCCUCUGUACCAAAACAAAGGGGCCCAUGGAUAACUGCAAGCCCUCAUUCCAGCUAUGCUAGCUCCAGAUUUUCUAAAAUAAACUAUUUAGCUUGGUUUAGCUAUAAGAACAUGGCCAACCCGUAAGUGAUUUCCCGUCCUGUCACUUAAACAGCAUUUCUGGUCCCUUCCCCCCGCUGGGAACACGUUUGUUGUAGGUUGGUUACGGUCACACUGCGUCAUCGCUCCGGAACUGUGGUGACAGUCAUGCAAGAUGGGCACUUCUCCGACACGUGCUGCUGUGCUCCCUCAGCUCUUCCCAAAGACAGGCGGAGCGGUUCAGAGCCACCAGUGGAACUACAGGGUAGUAAGUCAAUUAGCCCUCAUUGUACAGCACUGCGGGUGGGGGGAGUUAGAAUACCUGAAAUAACAAAGGCGGUUUGUUCUUUUAUGACUAGAUCUCCUCUUUUUCCCCUGUAAACAAACUUGCUCUUUCUUUACAAAAUGCUGCAUAGGAAAGUAAACAAUUUUUUUGCCUUUUUCCAAACCUUGUAUUUAUCAGUGUCAUUCUGUCUGUACAAUAUUUUGACUUAAUCUUUUGUUUACAGUAUUACUAUAAAAUGCUAAAACC